AUGCAGCGUUUAUCAGCCACCUUGUGCCGCAAAAUCGCUCGUCCGGCAUGCGACGUCUUCAUAAACCACCGCGGGAUAGACACAAAGAGGAACAUCGCGGGGUUACUCUACGAUCGAUUGACAAAGAAGGGAGUGAUGUCGUUUUUGGACAGCAUGAACAUGAAACCAGGUGAUAGGUUGUUUGAUCAUAUAGACAAAGCCAUUCUUGGGAGCAAGGUUGGCGUUGCUGUCUUUUCUCCACGUUAUUGUGAUUCUUAUUUCUGUCUCCAUGAACUCGCUCUUUUCAUGGAGUCAAAGAAGAGGGUUGUUCCCAUCUUCUACGAUGUGAAGCCUUCACAGCUUAUGGUUAAAGACAAUGGAACUUGCUCUGCUAAAGAGCUUCAAAGGUUUAGCUUAGCACUUGAGGAAGCUAAAUACACUGUGGGAUUAACCUUCGAUCCUUUGAAUGGGGACUGGUCGGAGCUUCUAAGAGAUGCUUCGGAUGCAGUGAUCAUGAACUUGAUGGAGGUAGAGGAAGAGCGUAAGCGCAUGAAGAGGAUACAGUGA